AUGAGAGAGGUUUCAGCCGGCUGGUCAGAUUGUCUGGAUGGGAGAUGCUAUGAUGGGAGAUGCUAUGACAUCGUCUCCAGGUCCACUGCACUCAAUCCAAUCCCUGUACUUCCAUUUCUGAAAUUGGACCGGAUUGAUCCUUUUGCCUUUAAGUUCCAGUUCAAGAAUGUGGAAUACUCCUCGGGCCGCAACAAGACCUUCCUGUGUUACCUGGUGGAUAAAGGGAACACAGCUGAUGGGCUGCUGAGGGGCUACCUGGAGGAUGAGCAUUCCGGGUCUCAUGCUGAGGAGGCAUUUUUCAUACAGUGCUUGCCACACUGCGACCCUGCACUCAAAUACACAGUCACCUGGUAUGUGUCUUCCAGCCCCUGCUCUGCUUGUGCAGCAAAAAUAGCUGAAGUGUUAAAGGCCAGGAAAAACGUCAAGCUGAGCAUCUUUGCUGCUCGGCUGUUUGAGUGGGAGGAUACAGAGAUCCAGGCCGGGCUGAAGGCCCUGCACGCUGCUGGGUGUAAGCUGAGGGUGAUGAAGCCUCUGGACUUCUCCUAUACUUGGGACACAUUUGUGGAGAGCGAGGAACAACCUCUGAACCUGUGGGAGGACUGCAAAGAAAACUACGAGUAUUACCACGAGAAGCUGGCUGACAUUAUACAGUGACCACAUGUUUGAUCCACAUCCAUCAA